AUGAUUCAAAUAAAUCCAACUGACAUAAAACGUGACAAUGCUUUUUUAACCAUAUCAGACGUUAAGUGGUUAGGAAAAAAUAUUUUUGUGGUUAAUGUGAUGAACUAUGAGAAACAAAUAUCCUGCGAAUUAACAGCUGUUGAUAUUCCACGAGGCAGUGCAGAAGAACUUGAGAGUGUGAUUGAUGCCGUGUUAAGGUGCAUACAUAAUGCCACGAAGAAGUACCUUCGUCAAGAUUUUUAUUCUGAAUUCCCUCUUCAAGGAUAUGGAGAUAUUAUCUUCUUAAUGAAUGGAUGGUAUGAUAACCAAGAGGGAAAUAUGCAGUGGAUGUCACUUCAAGAGGUAUUAUUACGUCUUGGUGUUGGUCGAAUUGUGCGUCCUAUUAUGAUACGUCUAGAGAAUCUUAUUGAAGCGGAGAUGCAUACAGGAGGACGUUUAUUGUUUGGUAAUGGAGAAGAAAAGAAUUCUAUUAUCUCGUGUGAUUGGGGAAAGAAAAUGUUGGAAUAUGAGAAUAGUCCGUUGUUCUGUGAAGUACGUACAGGUCGUGUUGUGGAUAUAUUCCGCGGUGAUGUGUUUGUCGUUCAUUGGAAUAAUAAUAAUAGUAAUAAUAAUAAUGAUAAUAAUAAUAAUAAAAGUAUGGAUGCUUAUUCCAAUGAAAAAGAUAAUGUUUCAGUUAGGACUGAAAAUUCCUCGCUUGUAAUCCUUGAUGCGGUAAAGUGUCAUUCUCCCAAGACUGAAAAUGGUUAUAAAGCGAUGCGGUGGUCACAGAGGAACCUUAUGUCCUCAGAAGUUAAAGUAUAUAUUCAUUCUACAUACCCUUCUAUAAAAGAUGUUGCAAAUGAAUCUCAGAUCUUUUUAUAUGAACAGUUAAAACAUGUACGAGCUACUGUAUUCUUAAAAACAGCAGCAGUACCUUCUACUGAAAGGAAUACAUAUAUAGAUGUGGGUAGUAUGUUGGUUUCAAAGGGAUUAGGUCUUGUUCGACAGAUUGUAGAUGCUGGAAUCCCUCGUGCAGUAAAUUUUUAUUCUGUUCUACGAGCUGCCAGUAAAUACUGUAAAAAUAACUUCACUUUAGAUCUGGAAAAGAGAAUCUCAUAUGAGGUUAUCUCUCCGGAUGUCUCGUCAACAUUAAAAGAGUUCUUGGGAUGUGAGUGGAGUCGAGAACCUUCUGUGGCUGAUCUCUGGCGUACAAUGAUGUGGGAUGGUGAUAUCAACCACGAUGCCCAUCGGGAUCUUGUUCACAUACAUCUAUACUCUCCUAUGCGAGCCUUGUGGAGUAUGGAGUUCUUACUAGAGCAGAAGGUUGCAUUUGAGGGAUAUAUUAGUGGUAUAACCCCAGUAUGGGAAGAAUAUAAAAUGAUGAAAUAUCAUCAUCAUCAAGAAGAAGAAGAAGAAGAAAAGAAAGAUAAACGCCGUCUUUUUCUUCGUGUAGAGGUAAAUGCUGUGAUCCCUAGGGAAAUGGUUUGUGAUUUAUACGAAAAGGCUAAAGCGAGUUCUCUUGGUUAUAUUUUUAUAUCCCCUUCUAAUAAAAUCAUUUUUGGCAGACAAAUGAAUGUGACGAUUGUGUAUGAUAGGUUUAUGGGACCUGCUAAGUUAAACAAGAAAACAGUGCAUCUCGCCGCUUCAUUUGUUUCUUACUCACCGCAAGAGUAUGAUCCUGAGAAACACUCUCCUGCUUCUCCGACGAAAAUGGCAUCUUCAUUAGAGGGUGAGAUGCUAACAUUGCUGACACUAAACCUCAGUCUUCCUGAAGAAGAAAAUCAAUUAGUUUUUGUGGUUGAUGUUGAAGUGCAUCUUGUUGGUGAUGGAGUAGAAAAAUUGACCAAGCGUCGGGUGUUUGUUCUUUCCUCCGUUCCUCAAGAGCUUGAUGAUGAUGUUGUAGGGACAUUGGACACUAUUGAUAAUAAUAAAAAUGAUGAUGGUGAUGGUGAUGAUGAUGAUGAUGGUGAAGGUGAUGAUAAUAAUAAUAAUAAUGAAGAGAAAAAAAAUGACACAACGGAGAUUCAUGAGAAUGGAAAUGUAUUAACCGGAGAUGAUGGAUAUUCUGCUACUAUAAAAGAAUUUCAAGAAUGGUUUGAUGCUUCUGGCAAAAUUGCAGAUAAAUCAUUUUAUCACGCCAAAGUUGAUUUUUAUUUCGAGUUAGAUCCUGAGAAAGUACGGUUGAUGAAUAGACAUGGACAGAAGAUACAGGAAUGGAUAGAGAGAAUGCUGUAUCGUGAUGUAUACUGUGUUCCAGUCAACAUUGCUGUUGUGAAUACAGAUCGUGGUUACAUUGGUGAUAUGGUGCUGCUAAAGCCGGAAGAUGCAAAAGAUGAUGAUAAUAAUGAUUUUGUUGAUGAUAUCAACAACAACUGGAAUAAGAAUACUAUGAAAACAUGGAGUGUUCUUCAGCAACUUAUGGAAAAGUGGUCUCCAUCAUACAAUGAGUCCCCAGAGAAUAAAGAAAAUAUCUGGGCCAGAUUGCCAGAGCUUGUCAAGGAAAGAUAUCAUAAAAUGUUUGAAACUCUUCAAGAGGAAGAGACAGAGUUAAGAAGUUGUAUUAUUGGUGAGUGGUGUGGAUUACUCCAAUCUAUGAGGAAAGACUUCCAUGAUAAAUUGAAUCUAAGCGGCGAGAGUAUAAUGAUUCCCGAGAUUUUACUUUCACACAAUACCGAAUCUGAGACUGGGAAGAAAGACUUCUUAUUGACUUGCGAGGAUAAUAAUAAUAAUAAUAAUAAUAAUAAUAAUAAUAAUAAUAUCUCUUGUAUGCGGGUUGGGGAUCGCACAUGUUGGUAUCCCGCUGAAUGCGAAACACCAUUCACAGAGAGUAACUCAGAUGAUGUGAAUAUACAUCUGAAGAACAUCUCUCCAUAUAAUGUUUCCUCACCUGUACGCCCAAUGCUCAUGCCAUCUUUUCUCCCGCCGUAUAUUCCUCUCACGGCAGCUUCUAUUUUUCCGCGCCAGUUAUUCGUUACCUAUUAUAAACACCACAAGGGCAUUGUGGCUCAAUCACUUGGGUUGACAGGAGAAAAUGGCCAAAGUCCUCACAUUGAUGCGGCUUUUAUUCGUCUACCUCGGCGAUAUCUACGCCAUAUGCCUAUUUCAAACUACGAGCGACUACCAAUGGCUAUGCGCAAUGUGCAGCGAGGCUUCUGUGAAUCUCUCUUACAAGGUGAAGUGCCAGUUAUGUCCAAAUCCUCAGAAACAACAGUGUAUUAUGGAGAUGAGGAAAUCUUUGCUUCACUCCUCGCUAUGCUUUUAAUGCUUCAACCAAAUGAUGGUCAUGAAGAGAAUGAUAAUGAGGAUCAAAAGAAUGAUUGGAAGACUGUGUAUGGAUUAUUGGAUCCAAAAUAUCGUACUAUGUGGGAUAUAACAGUACCUACGAUUCGGUGUAAUGCUGUUCUCUACAGAAUAUGGCCUGAGGAAAAGAUAAGUCAGAAAACACCUAUUUUCUAUCUUGGUAAACGAGACACAGCAGUAAAUAACGUCUUUGAGAAGCCAUAUUGUUCAUUGGCUCCAAGUAGUAGUUCCAUGAAACGGGCUCUGAGAGUCUUGGGAUUUGAAUCAUUGGUUGUCCCUCAAACAGAAAAUAAUAAUAAUAAUAAUAAUAAUAAUAAUAAUAAUAAUAAUAAUAUCAACAGUAACAACACUAACAACAACAGUGAUAUCAUCUCUAGUAUGGAAGAAGUUGACGAAAAAUGUCACCCAAUGGCCUCUCUCGGGAUUGGUGCGCAAACACUAAAGUGUAGUACCCCAUGGCUUUAUCGCCCUUUUCCAUGGCUUGCUGUACUAGGAGACCCUCUGGUAAGCAGGGAUGAGUAUGACGCGGAAACUUUGGGCCGUAAUUUAAAUUCUACAAAUGCAGUUAAUAUGAUUCGUCGACAUAUAAUGGUGAAAUAUAUACCUAUAUUGCAAAAGGAUAAGUAUGGAAGGAGUCCAUUAUCCUACGGUCAAGUUUCACGACGCAGGAUAUACUCUUACUAUGUCUCUCGUUCAUCAAGAGGUCAAGAUGUGAAGGAUUAUUUCUCCUUAUUAUUACGUCGUCGUGUAAAUAAUAAUAAUAAUAAUAAUAAUAAUAAUAAUAAUAACACUGAUUCUGGUGGUUUUUCUGAUGGAAUAUUGUAUGUGAAUGGAACAGCCAACGAACCAAUGUACAUAUUCUAUCAAUCCCGAGAACAGUUUCGUUUUAAACUUGGUUUACGUUGGUCUUUUUUUGCAUCUCAUGGUAGUAGCACAACCGGUAAAGAUCAUAACGAUGAUAAUGCGGAAGAACAAUUACUGCAACAACUAUCAGAAGUGGCUAAAUUGAUAAUAGACAAAGUGGCGAUGAAGACAGCAGAAACCGCAAAAGAAGGAAAAGAUGAAAGUGAGACAACACCUUCGCGGGUAUACCUUGAUAUGCGACUAGACUUUCACUCAUCAUCUGAUCGUGCAAGCAUUAUGCGUAUUUCAAUUUACCCUGUAGAUAAUGAUAAUGAAGGCGAUAGCGAUGAUGAUGAUGAUAAAGAAUAUUUUCAUUCGAAAUACGAAAAGAAAGAUGAUCAUAAAAAGUCUUCUCGUGGCGUUAAUCCUUUUCGUCCUUUUGGAAUGAUCGGAACUGUUUAUCGUCGUAUUCCAAGUCAUGUUAUGUUGGUACAGUACUGUAAAGAUUCGAAGAGUUACAUUAUUGACUGGGAUAGCGACUAUGAAAAAGAAUUAACAGUAUCUGUGAAGGAAGACAUUGCCGAAGAUUAA